CAUUGAUCCCUGCGCAGGCUUUUGCCUCUCCCACCACCUCUUCCCUGGGGGUCAGUGGAGGGGGUGUGUGUGACAGUACCUGGGCCUGAUCUCUCCUGCGGUAUCGGCUCAUGCACCCAUCCUUCCCCUCCCCCAACUCGGGGCAUUGACUGGAGCAGCCUCCCCAGUACCCUGGCUUGUACGUCAUAGGGAAUGAGCCCCCAAGAAGCGGGGAUUUUCGGGGCCUGAGGUGGGAUGUCGUCCGAGCGCCCGAGCAGAGGAAAUGAGUGAAGCUGAACCCGAUUUAAAAUGAAAUACACUCUUUAUUAGGACAGAAGUCCUUUUGUGUAUGUGUUGGGAAUGGUGAUUUCCAAAUUAAAUUGCUGAGUCUAACAAAUAUCAGUAAUAUUUACUCAGCAUUUUAAGGUUUACAGGGAGUGGGGGAAUAGACUAUUGAUAUUCAACCAGCAUGCCUUGGACUUUAUUGUGGGAAGACAUUGCUAUAUAAAAAUGGUUCAACCGAGAUAUAUGGAGAAUGUGGGGUAUGCCCAAGAGGACAGAGAACAAAUACUCAGAAGUAUUGUCAGCCAUGUACAGAGUCCCCAGAACUUUAUGACUGGCUCUACCUUGGCUUUAUGGCCCUGCUUCCUCUUGUUCUCCAUUGGUUCUUCAUUGAGUGGUACUCAGGCAAAAAGAGCUCCAGUGCAUUAUUUCAGCAUGUAACCGCCUUAUUUGAAUGCAGUGUGGCAGCUAUUGUUACAUUACUUGUGAGUGAUCCAGUUGGUGUUUUGCAAAUUCGUUCUUGUCGAGUAUUGAUGCUUUCUGACUGGUAUACAAUGCUAUACAAUCCAAGUCCUGAUUAUAUUACUACAAUACACUGUACUCAUGAAGCUGUCUACCCACUAUAUACCAUUGUCUUUAUCUAUUAUGCCUUCUGCUUGGUAUUAAUGAUGCUGCUUCGACCACUUCUGGUAAAGAAGAUUGCCUGUGGCUUAGGGAAGUCUGAUCGAUUUAAAAGUAUUUAUGCAGCACUUUACUUCUUCCCAAUUUUAACUGUCAUUCAGGCAGUUGGAGGAGGCCUUCUAUAUUAUGCCUUUCCAUAUAUUGUAUUAGUGUUGUCCUUGGUUACCCUGGCUGUAUACAUGUCUGCUUCAGAAAUAGAGUCCUUCAAAGAUCUUCUUCUCAGAAAGAAAAGGCUAAUUAUUCUCUUCAGCCACUGGUUACUUCAUGCCUAUGGAAUAAUCUCCAUCUCCAGAGUAGAUAAACUAGAGCAAGACUUGCCCCUCUUGGCUUUGGUGCCGGCCCCUGCACUUUUUUACAUCCUUACAGCACGGUAUACUGAGCCUUCGCGGAUACUUUCAGAAGGAGCCAAUGGACAUUAAGUACAAUGGAACAUGUGCCAACAAACCCAGGAAGCAUUCCCGAUUACAACCACCUGGGGAAUCAAAUGUAAACGUGUGAACGUGCUGCUUUGUCAUGCCAUGGUCUGCCAGAGCUGAUGCCGCCAGAUUGCCAGCAAACCUUGUGGACUAGACUUCUAAAGUACCAAGCAAGCAUAUAAGUAAUAUUUGGAAGAAUUACACUAACAUCCCUUGAUAAAGCGUCAUAUUGUACUGCUGCUUCAGUUAUACUGCAAAAGGCAAAAUUGGUUAUUUCUAGCUUAUUUUUGCUAUGAUGCAGAAUUGGCAUUCUACUCUUAGAAUGGUGUGUUUGCUACAAAUGAAUGUGUAAAUAAAUGUAAGUUGACAAUGGUGAAGUUAUAUAAAACAUAAAAACAAAAUGUGGUGGUUUUUUUAGGAAUCUUAUUUAUUUUCACCUAUACAAUAUUUUGACAAAGAAUAAAACAGUAAUAUGCAACAGGUUUUCUGUUUAGAUGGUUUUAUUGAAGAGAUGUUGGAAUUAUUGUUCCUUUAAAAAAAAAGAAAGAAUUUAAUGAAAAUUUAAAAUUAAAAAUUCUGAAAUUUUGUGUCAUUUUAACUACAUUGUCAUUAAGGAUUUUCUUGCCUGGCUAAUUCUGAAAAUAAUUUUAAAACGCUAAACUCUAAAUAGUGGUAAUACCAUCUUUCCACAUUUUAUUGUUUUAAAUCAUUUUAGUCAUUCUAAGUAAAUGGACUAAUAUUUACUUUAGUACUUCCUUUCUUGCAUAUCCAAGCUUUGAGAAGAAAAAUAUAGAAUUUUUUUUCUUACAGUUCUCCUCCUGGUAGACGUGAGGACGGCAGUUAAGAUUAAUGAUGAUAACCUCAAAGUCUAGAGUCUAUUAAAAAAUUCCAAAACCUUUAUUAGAUAUUGCAGAGGUUCUUAAUCUUGGGUUCAUAGACCCCAAAGAGAUCAUCAGCAGAUUUCAAAGGGAUCCAUAAAUUUGGAUGGCAAAAUAAAACCAGAUCUUUAUUUAUAUUAACCAUUCUUUUCCUUUCUAAUCCUAUCUUUUUUAAGCAUUUUAAAACAUUCUGAGAAAGGGUCCAUAGGCUUCCCCAGAUUGUGUCUAUGACACAAGAAAUGGACAAGAAGAGAUUUAGAGGGUCCUUUUUUCUGCUGUUUUAAGGAAAAGUGUAGACCUCACUGGAAUUUCAUAAAUAAUAGCAAUGCAUUGAAAAGCACUAAAAAUAGUGCUUUGUUAGCUUUGUUAAUGCAAUUUGAAUUCAUGGUAGUGGUAUUCACUACUAGGUGAUUUGGUUCUGUUUUGUUUUUUAAGAUCAAAAUGAGGCAAGAUGACCCAACUGGAACAUAUUUUCUUUGUUCCUUUUUUUUGUAAAUAUGCUUUCUAAUCUAAAAAACUGUUUCUGAUACAAGUCUGGAUUAGUCACCAAUGACAAAUUAUUAGCUUGAACACAUCACUCAUAACAAUUUCAGAUAUUUUCCCAUUAUACUUAAGAAGUUAUCUGUAUCUUUUAGAUUUUUUUUUUGUCCAGAGACUGGUGAUAUGUAUGUAUAGCCUUAUAAUGACUGAUAGAUGGGAAAAUAUCAAGGCUAGCUACCAGGACCACAUUUUCUGCAAGGAUCUACUAUUGCAAGUAAAUCAACAAUGAAUUACCAUCUUUUAUUUUUUCCCUUCUUCUCUCUCCCCCUCCCUCCUCCCCAACCCCCUUUACAGUUAAAUAUAAAUGAAAGAAAAUUAUAUAUAAGUAAGUAUGGUAACCAUCAAAUAAUUUUGGAAUAGUUGAUUCACAACGUAUUUCAAAGUUACUUUCCUAAGUAAUAACAUGACCAAGAGAAGGUAAAAAUUUACCUGAAUGUUGUUGGCACUACUGAACAACUGUUGAACUUUGUUCUUUCCUUAUUAAGGCUAUUUUGUAAAGUGGUGAUCUGUUGGUUUGUUUUUUGAAAAAUAAGUUUUGAUCUAUACCCUUCCACAGCAUUUCAUAGGAUCAUAAGAUGGAGAGCUAACAAUUACUCCAACCUCAUCAUUUUACAGAUGAGAAAAUUGAGCCCAGAGUGAUUUGAUCCAAGUCACAGAUAGUAAUCAAUAGAAUGGAUAUUCAUUCUGGAGUCUUCUAACUUCUGAUUUAGUAUUUCACUUCACUUAAGCUUCAUCUUUUAUAACUAUAGUAUGUAAUAUAUUGCUAAUUAGUUUAAAGAUGCAAAGAGGCCUAAAAGUUCUUACUUUAUUGAUAUAUUUGGGUCAUAUGAGAAUUCGACCAAUCCUGAAUAGAUAAUUGUCUACAUUGUUUAUAUUUCUUACUAGUUCAAACAACCACCACUAUCCCUCCCUCCCCACACACACACUCAUAAAAGUUUAGUGGGAAAUUUUAGUGUGGAAAUUUCUAGAAAUGUAAAACCUGCUUUGAUUAUAAUGAAUAUUUUUAAUUUUCUAAAACCUAAUCAUAAAAAUUCAGAGAAUGGGCAAUGUCAAGUUAUCUUGCCAGUAAGUUCACUGUAUUAAGUUAAUUCUGUGAAAUUAUUUGAUCUUUAUUUUAAAGUAACUCAGUGGCCAAAAAAAUUACUUGUUUAGCUCAGCUAUUAUGGAGUAAUUUAAUACUAAUCAGAUAUCUUACCUGCAUCUUUCCAGUUGUAGUAAAAAGUGCAAUGGAUCUUUAAGCAGUCUUACUACCUUUAAAUGUAAUAAUUGUGUUACUAUAUAUUUUUAAUUAAAACUGUACAUUGUGCUCUUUGGUCUUA